CCGGGUCGGGCCCAUGGCGCGCCGGGCCACGACCUCCAGCAGGGCCUUCUUGCCGCUACCUGGAAUGGAGAGAGGGAGAGGGGCAAUUCUAUCCAGGCCCGUCUACGAUAAUCCCCCUUGUUCCGAAAGGCCAUCUUCCGCGUCCUCGCCUGCAGUCUCUAGGCAAUCAACGCUUACAGGCGUGCGACGGAUUAUGGAAGGCCUGUGAGCCAUCAUCGCCGAGCAACUGGAACAUCAACGGAAGAAGACUCGAGCACGCGACAAAGAGCUCUCCCGCCGAUGCACUAAGCCACUAAGAAAGGACUAAAGGAUGGCGGGCCCUCUAAGCCGGGGCUUCUAAUUACCUGCUUUGCGUUUAGCAGACGACGAAGACCCGAGCAGACAAAAAUAGUGGCGAAGGUGAAAACGAACGAGCAGACGACCGGAAAACAAAAGCAGAUGCGUGAAGCAAGUCAAGCGUGCGCUUUGAGAGCUUUAAUCCCCUGUGCUAUCGAUAGAUGAUAAAGAGUCGUCUGCAGGACAAUUUUGCAGAAGUCCUAACUAACAAACGACGGCGACUGAAGCAGUAGAAGACAGCUAGGAACGCCUUGCUGACGUUCGAGACGAAAACUGGUUGUCUGGGAAGAAAUGUCAGGUUACAAAACGUGACUGCUGCUUCAACAUCCAGGCAAUUUGAAGGCCUCUAGGACGACAAUAACUCCUGCGUUAAGCUGGUGUUUUAACAGGUGCGAAGGAGGAGAAGCAAACUGCAGACAGAAGGUCUGGGUUGUCUCGAUAAAGCACGAACUUUGUGUAGUCAACGUCGUUCGAAAAUAACGAGGCGCUUUCAGCGUUUUAACGAGGUUCCUUUUGGGAUCGGAUAUCCUCUGGGUGGUGUUUAAGGUGACUGAAGAAAGAAUUCAUUGUGCGCGUGAUAAGAAGAAAUUGAGAGAAGACGGUGAGCAGACGACAGCGGAGCUUCCAAAAGCGGACGGCCUUUCAUGCCAGGAGCAAAUUCACAAACCACCAUGUCUGUUCACACGCCGCCGGGUCCGAAUCUGGAGUACGGCCACAACAGAGUCCUCACCUGGCUCCAAGACUGGAUGAGUGUGAGCACGGUCGACGACGAAAACCUCGGUCCAUCACCGAUGAACCACUACGCCACCAUCUCGUCGCUGGGUCACCGCUCUGUCCGCUCGGCUCCGCGCGACUACGUGGAUCCGGACUACGUGACGCUACCGUACAGUCGGCCGUCCAGCCGUGGAGCCCAGAGCUUGGGACCGGGGGAACUCGAGCAACAUCGAUACCACCCUCCACCGGAGGCGUUCGAGCAGCAGGACCCGCUCUUCCCGACCACGCCCGAGCCAGCUCCGCUGCAGGAACAGGCCCCUCCUUCUCCGGAGAACGGCAGAGGCAUCGGCGAUCCGUUGCCGCUGCUACAGCAGCAGCAGCAGCUCCUCGAGCAGCAGCAGCAGCAGGGUGCGCUGCCCGAGCCCCCGCGUGACUACACGGAGACGAGCCGCUCGUCGUGGUCCAGCAGCAGCAUGUGGGACCUGAACGGAGGCGACGAGCGCCGGUACUCGGUGCCGCCGUCCACGCUCUCCGAGCCGGCCACCGCCAGGACGUACAAGACCACCGAGGACUUGCACGCGUGGAGCAUCUACAGGCAGAACCUCAACUCUGACUUCACCGACUCGGCGCUCGGGACGUCCGAGAAGUCGCAGCCGCCGUUCGGCAACUUCCAGCUGCGCGAGUCGACCGUGCACACCAUUCUCAACCACCCGAAGUACGGACCCAAGGAGCGCAGCUCUGAGCUCGGCGUCAACGUCAACACCUACCUCAGGUUCGGCCUGCCUCGGGUGCUGCCUCCGCACCCAAGCUCGUGCCUGGGCAUCAGCGAGCGACCUGCGGGCGUCGUGACGGCCGCGCCGCCACAGGGUCGCGAGAACUCGAGCGGCUACGACUCGAGCGACGACGACCGCAACCAGCUGCAGGGCCGGCUGGCCAACCCGAAGAGGGCCCGCAGCGACCCGGACUUCCGCAGCAGCCACGACCUGGUGAGCACCGAGCCGUCGGGCGUGGCCUCGGCGAUAUCCGCCUACGAGCGCCACCGCAAGCAGAACCACCGGCUCAAGGCGAACAGCGAGGCGGACCUGAUCGCGGGCGAGGAGGAGCGGCGGUGGGACGUCAUCCCCAGGCCCAGCACGGCGUCCACCACGACCGCCGCCGCCGCAGCGGCGCCGGGCUCAACGCACAAGGGCCCUCCAAGCCGAGCCGACUCCCGCAUGGCGGGAGACCGUCGCAGCGUUGCCGGCUCGCACGUCUCGUUGGGCUCCCGGGCGACCUCGCAGAAGCAGGGACUCAUCCGGUCCUCGCUCUUCCCCCGAGACUCGCUUUAUUCCAGCCUGCCUGGCGGGGAGACGGACGUGUCUCUUGUCAAGCACCCGCACUUGCAGGUUCGAGACCUGACGUUCGAGCUGGACCGCUCCAGUCUGGGUCAGCGGCUGUGCGGUGGACCACGCACCAAGUUGCUCCUGCUCGAGGGGCUGUCAUUUGAAGUCCGUGGUGGGGAGAUCCUUGCCAUCAUCGCCACGUCCGAGCAAGAAGGUUCCGCCCUGCUGGAUAUCCUGGCCAACCGGCACCCAAAGUGGGGCAGCCGGCUGCGCGGCGACAUCAUGUUCAACGGACUGUUCAUGCCACCGGCAAGACUGGAGCACUGUGUCGCCUACGUUGCUCGCAACUGGCACCUGUGGCCCGACAUGAGCGUGCGGCAGUGGAUGCUGUUCACCUCGCUGCUCCAGGAGCCAGGUGGACCUGGAAGAGACACCAAGGCCAGAAUCAACGCUCUUCUCGAAGACCUUGGCCUCGGCCAGCUGAAGCACACCCGAAUUCGAGACCUCACCGAAUCCGAAGCCAGGCGACUCAACGUUGGCUCUCAACUACUUCUCGACACUGAUGUGGUAUUGCUAGACCAGCCCAUCUCUGGCAUGGACAUCCUCGACAGCUUCUUUCUCAUCGACUAUGUCCGACAGUGGGCCGCCAGGGGUCGCAUCGUCGUCAUGACCAUCCACCCACCCACCUACGAGAUCUUCACCAUGAUGACACGAGUGGCCAUCAUAUCGACGGGUCGCAUGGUGUACCAUGGCAAGCGACGUGACCUGCUCCCGUACUUCUCCUACAUCGACUUUCCCUGUCCUGCUUUCAAGAACCCUUCCGACUACUACCUCGACCUGGUGACGUUGGACAACCUGUCUCCAGAGGCAAUGCUUGAGUCCAGCCAGCGAGUCGAGAACCUGGUCGAGGUGUUCCGGCGCCGACAAGUGGCGCUCUCUGACCCGGGUCCUCCGGGUAAUGCGCCCAUGGAUGUCUACAGGGCUGGAUUCUUUGGACAGAUGCUGGCCCUGUGGAUACGGGCACUGAUCUACACUUUCCCAUACAACGUGGUACACUUCUUUCGUCGUUUGUUCCUUGCUGCCUUCAUCUCCGUUCUUCUGGGAGCCAUCUUCUGGAAUAUAAGGGCAGGGCUCGACCAGGAGCAUGUCCUGGAUCGGCUCGGCUUUCACUAUGCGCUCCUCGCUCUCUGUCUCUGGCCACUUCUGCUUGGUGAUAUCACGGACGUUUGGCGAGAAAAGGCAUACGUGUCACGAGAUAUCAACGAAAGGUUGUACAAUGGCAUUGCAUACAUCAUAUCAAAGCUCACGUACAGCCUUCCGACAGCCGCGGCCAUAGCGGCGGCGUACGUGUUUCCCGCCUACUCCAUGACGGGUCUGCCUCAGCGCGAGGAGACGCGCAACUUUGGCCCCUACAUGGGCUACACAAUGCUCUACCUGCUGACCGCACGGGCCGUCGCCAUGACAUCGGCGUGGACCUUCCCGACGCGCCAGCGCGCCGCCGCCUUUCUGGGCCUGGUGGUGCUGGUGUUCUGCCUGAGCGGCGGCUACGCAGUCCACCUCAUGGACCUGUCGCUGGUGACCUCGUGGCUACAAUGGGUGUCGCCACUGCGAUGGACGCUCGAGCAGCUCGCCAUGGUCGAGUUCGCUGGUGGGGCAACGCCCAUGUACGACUGCCCCCGGGGUCCGGUGGUCCUGCAGGAGAAUGGAAUCCAGGUCAAGGCAAUAUGUGGCAUCGUGACGGACAAUCACGCCCUAGCCCUGUUCGGCUUGCACCGCGAGUGGCCCACCGCACAGCCCAUCCUGAUUGUGCUUGCCGUUCAUGCUGUGUUCGUCAUCGCAUCAAUAAUCUACAUUGCACUGAAGAUGAGGGGCCCUGGAGCCUCCCCAGACGCUGACAAGACGCGGUGAAGUACAUCACCGACACAAGAACUUCUCCUAUGAACUAAUUAACUUGUUUGCGACGAUCACAAAUAGUGCCCGGUGCUGCGACUGAAAGUGUUUUUCUCUGGACUGUGUGGCAUCCUAGUGUAACCUUUUUUUGGGAGUACUGAGCUUGACAAGCAGCUGGUACUAUUCGCAUGAGUUUUGCAAGUUUGCUCGUCGUAGUUGGCACGAAGAAAAGAAAAUGACAGCCAGCUUUAUCCGUGCAAGCUGGAACAAAAAUGAGACAUCCGACAUCGUUACUAUGUGCAGCACAGAGCGGUGACCCUCCUGUGUGGCGGUAGACUGUUUUCUGUGCCACAAAUUUUAACACAUCCGCCUCUGCCACCAGCAUCCUCCGCAUCAGCUGUUUCGUCAACGGCUAACCACUGACUCCAAUAGACUAUGUUGCUUUAUGUGAGCUGUGCUGCUCAUUCCAACCCUUCUGGCUGAAGUUUUAUAACUGCAUGAAGUGCUUCUGAAGCUUUAUCGUGUUCAGCUCUGCAGUCUUCCACACAACGGUGCACACUGUACUGCAGCAAUCUCACUUUGCAGUAAAACAUACGAUAUCUUUGGAGUGCCUAAUCCUUCAGACUUGCCAUCUUCCGCAAGAAGCCUCGGCUUGUGCUGCAUAGUCCAUCUGUUUCAACGGCAUGCACGUUUCUUCUACCUCUACUGGAUUUCCUCUUUGACGUGCAGUCGGAUUAUGUGGCAUGCAGGACGUACCUUGUUCUUUAAGAACUUGCAGCUGUCCAUCAGCAGUUGCCAGAAGUGUCGAUCAUCAGCCUGCAGUUUGCCAGAACCACUGCAGAUGGUGACAGUCCAGACAGCAAAGUGUGUAGUGAUGACUGCAUUCUCGCUUUGACGUCACAGUGUACCUGGCGAAUGAAAAGAAAAGAGAAGCUUUGCAGGACUUUGUUGCUGUACCACAAAGUGACAUUCAGACCAAGGUGCCUCCCACAACACGGGUGUUAUACGCCUACUUGUGUUUGCUGUUUUAUGGCAUCGCUACCAUUUUUGCAUGCUUGGAUAGCUUGUGCACUGAAGUAGGUAUGUACUCAGGUUGCUGUCCUUUCUUUCCCAAACUUGAGACAUCUAGCAUGUCAAUGUCUGCGUAACUGUAAUUUUCCGCUUCCAGUGGGAUGUGCUCAUAUAUAUGCAAUUUGCAAAGGGCAGAUUUUUUUGCACAGCACUGUUUGAUAUAAAAGCUGCUAAUAUAGUCUUCCACACUUGUGGUCGAUAAAAAUUGAACCGAUGAAAAUUGAAUUGAAGUGCCAGUAAUCGCAAGAAGUUCUUGAAACUCUCUCACAACAUGCAAUUUCAUCGCAGUUAAUAUGUUGCCAAGUUUCACUUUCUUGGAAUUAUUCACCGCUUGGUUUCAAGCCAGCCACGCAGUGUUUAGGUUUUGUAGAGAUUUUAUGGUUAUUCUGUGCAUACAGAGUUGCAAAAUACCUUUGUAACCCACUGAUGCAAAGGUGCGGCAUCGCUACUUCAUGAUGGCACAGCUGUAACAUGCAGUAGUUAAUUCAUUAGAAUGAAUAUACGCAAAAAAACCUAGAUCUCUGUUGGCAAGCCUGUACAUCGGUAUCAAGUUUGUGCCAACCACUGCCGAGUUCUUGCUAAGUCUUCUCAAUGAUACUUCAAGGUCACAUCACAAAGUAACGAAACAAAGCUCACCAGAAGAUCAGGGCCUUGGUAACAUUCCAGUGCUAUUCCUUUUCACACAUCACAAGUGUUUCGAGUGGCACUCCGUCAAGUUGUUACCAAGAUAGGCCGACUAUGAAGGAUUGGUAAUAAUAAAGGGAUAGAGUCCAGUGAAAUAAAUUUUUCCAUUACACUUGCUCAGAUCUGCAAUCAAUAGCUUCUGAACUUUGAGAAAGGAAGAACAGAUAACAGCCAGAGUUCAGGUAGCUCCGCUGUGCACCUUGUAACUAAAAGCAUUAUGCUACGAGUUACUCCAGCAGUUCCUGGACUACGCGUUUUCAUUUGAGUGCCUGCUAUGUAUUUGCCCUGACACAAUCUUUUACACACCCCAGCACAUCAGUCACUAUAUUCAGUCUGCCAUGAUAGUCAUGGACAAUUCGGCACAAAUCUGCUUAUGCCUUUGCAACCAAAAACAACCAACUUCUAGCAGAGAGAUUCAUAGCAAUUCUUCAUCCAUACACAGUCGUACGUCAAGCCUGCCACUGAACGAAAGCAUGAGCAACGCAUAAAUCUCUUCUCAUUCUUAUUCGUUGGUCUUAGUCUAGUUUGACUGUAGUAUCUGCUUGUCUAGAUUGCAGUGUAAAUUUUUCUUGGUCAUGGAUUUGACUGGUGUCUAGCAUCACUUUCAGAUGCGAGUAGACUGCCUCAUUUUGUAGUUUCUUUUUUUUUUUUAGCCACAAACCAAACAUCACUGAUUUAUUUUAUGUCGAGGUGCUUUCAGGUCAUAAGACAUUUCACUGGUGAUGCUCACAAUUCUUUUCCCCUUCACAUCUGCACGUGUUAUGGGCAUUGAAGAGUGCCUUCACAUGAGCAUAGACAGUUAUUCCACUCACCCAGCUGCCACAAAGUUUGUUGCCUGACAACAGUGUGUUGUCAUAUAGUUGGGCCUCAACAUAACAAUAUGUUUGUAACAAAUUUUCAUAUACAAAGACUUGUUGGAUACAAUGAAAUAAAUUUAAAAUGUGGCUGUGUAGUUUAUAUGAAUGGCUUUUCCCACUGCUGUCAGCAAAGCCUGAAAUACAAGUUAUGUUAGCAGUACCACUCAAAGCAAAGAGAUCAUUUACCUGAAGCUCAGAACAAGUAUUCUGGUAGCAGCGACAAUUCUGGAUGUUCCGCAAGAGACUUGCAGUGGCAGUAAUCUGUUUACAGUUCUGACAGAGAGCGUUAGGUUAUUCCAACUUUUACAUAGAUUCAAUGACAAUUUUCUUUCUGUUGUUAUCAGUGUGUACUUUUAUUUUGAAUAUAAGAGCUAACAAAGGUGUUCUUGUGUUGGAUGUGACUUGAUGACAACAAGACUGAACUGCGUGUGUGUGUGUGCAUGUGUGUGUGUUACAUGCUUAUGUAAAAGUAUACUUAAGAUAUUAACAAUGUUCCUUCGGAGAUGUCAGCAAACCUGUAGACUGUCGGUGUUAUAAACAAACAACCAUACUAUAAGCGGUGCAUGACCACACAGAGUCUAGGUCACUUUGAACUAAACAGCAAAAAUCACACAAGUGUAUUCAAACUAUGCCACUUUGUCAACAUUGAUUUACCACUGCCAUGUACACCAACAUUCGCUAAGUGUUCAUUUCACACUCUGAAACUGAAGAACACCUUGUUUAAAGGUAGUCCUGCUAGGGCUGUAUCUAUGGCACGUAUAAAACAGUUGACUAGGGUACUUUCUCAUAACUUUAUACGUACAGUGAUAACCACCGAGUCUGCAGGAACGAUAGUUUGCUGCAGUGUGUUGCUUUCUUAUGCACUUGUUUCCAGUGCACGCAUGCUGACUAUUAUUUACUUCAUCAUUGAUGACACAACAACAAAAAAGAAAAAAAAAUGAUUGAUGGAAAGAAGGGGCCAGCAUAAAUUAUUCUAGGUUUUCUUUCUAGUGACAGUUUUUUGUCUUUUUGGCUGGAAUUGUCAGACUGUAUCGGUGCAACCGUUCAAGACAAGCUCGUCUAUGGAAAGCAAUUGCGGUCAUUGUUUGAUGGGUAUGUAUGUUGCUCAACUUGAGCACAGUGUGUUUUGUAUCAUAGCUGUUGACUUACAAAGUACGAAUAAGUGCGCGUGUUUAGAAAAUACUCUAAUGACGUUCAUUAGUGUGUCCAAGAUCGCAAAUUGCAGCCAAGCUUGUGAUGUUAGAAGAUUCCUUAAACACUUCUUUUUCCGGCAGGUGUAGUUUUGAUCUUGUAGUUUGUAACAAAAGCAACCAUGCUGUCAAAGAAAUUUUUUGAGACAACUGAUUCGAGCGUCCUUACAUUAUACGUCACUGAAUUCCAGUCACCACCAUUAAUUUGUUUCCUUUUUGGACCUUGAAUUAAUGUAAAAACCUGCUUCAAUUGGCCAUUUACUGUUCCAAGUCUUGACGUACAUGUAGUGCAACAUAAUGUUGAAACUUUCGUGCUAUAUGCCUGUCAUUAACUCUUCUCAGCCUGGAAAAGCUUUCCCCGUGGAAUGGUCGUACUUAUCCCUCGCACACAUUUAUGUGCCAAACGCAUUCACUUCAAGAAAAAAGACAAAAGCACUUGUGUGCUCUUUCAAGUUUUCUGUCUCUCCAGCUUUCUUCAAACACUCCUUUGGUGUGACACAAGAAAACAAAAAAAGUGUAACAUGCCAUCACGAACUGACAAACCUGUACAUAUGUGGUGACUGUGUCCGUUUCAUGUGUUUUGAUGAUCAGUACGCUGUUCUCAUGUAAAUAAAGGUUUCUUAAUUA